AGAACUAAUACAUCUGCCACUUAAACGAUGAUGGAGACAGCGAAAGGGGCAAGACGGACAGACGAGUACGUCGAGGAAGAAGAAAGUCGUGGCGAUGCUCCACCGGAAUUUCCCUUUCUUCCUCCAGAGAUGAUAAGGGAGGUUCUCCUUCGAUUACCCGAGAAAUCGAUCGGCCGAUUCAGGUGCGUCUCUAAGCUCUUUCGAUCUCUCUCGUCGGAUCCUGCGUUUGCGAAGGCCCACCUCGAUCUUUCCCUUCGAAACGACGCGUUCCCAUCAGGUCGGAGAAGGCUCAUCGUGUCUUACCGCCACAAUCUCUACACGGUAGAUUUCGAUUCCGUAGUUGAUGCGUGCGACGGUAUUAGGGAUUUGGGUGCUGUUGAGAUCCUUCAGUCUCCUGUCAAGUCCAAUGUCGUCUCAUCGUGUUAUCGGGAAGGUUACUGGGUUGGAGUGGUCGGGUCUUGCAAUGGGCUGGUGUGUACCACGAAUGUAGCAGGUGACGUGUUCUUGUUCAAUCUGACCACUGGAGAAUCUAAGAGAAUUCCGGGUGUGCUCGAUUUGCUAAAUUUGGGGACCGAACGGGUGCGCAAUUGUGGGUUCGGUUUCGGGUUCCAUGCCAUAACCGAUGAUUAUAAGUUGGUGGCACUUGUCAUGGGCGAUGUUCUGAAUGCCAGUGUUUAUUCUCUAAAGACAGAUUCUUGGAAACGGGUCGGAGAUUCGCGUUAUGAAUAUGAUGAUGAUGAUACCAAUUACGAUGGUGUGCUUGUCAAUGGUGCAAUCCACUGGGUUGCAAGGCAUCGAGAGAAUGGUCGGAGAGUUGUAGUGGCGUUCGAUCUAACGACUGAGCAGUUCAAAGACAUGGCUUUUCCUGAUGAAGCCGAUGAGUGCCCACACAGGGUUAGGGGAUUUCAGCUCCAUAAACUCAAUGGCAGACUCUGCAUGGUUUACAACUGCUUCGAGAAGCAUGGUGAUUUCUGGGUGAUGAAUGAGUAUGGAGUGGCUAGCUCUUGGGCCAGAGUUCGGAUAAGUGUGUCAUACAGCAGCAUGAAGCCGUUGUGUUCGGUUAGGAACGAGGAGGAAACUCUUAUGGAACUAAAUGGACAGUUGGUGCUGUACAAUUUCCGGAAUGACGUUUCUACGUCAUUGGUCCUUAAAGAUGCUGAGCUGCGCUGCGUAAUGGCGGCCGAUACAUACAUAGAGAGCCUCAUAUCACCGAACCAAUAUGGUAUGGCUUAGCACACGUAGGAGAACGAUUUCCACGGAAUAAAUGUGUGGUUAGACCCAGGAUGAAUUUCAUCAUCAUCACCACUUUAUGAUGACGAUGAUGCUUCUUCCCUCAUGGAAUACAUAGAUUUCAUUUAAGAUUCUGAUUCAUAUAGCUGAGUGAGGAUAUCAUGAAAGCUAUUUUUUAUUUGUAAGUUAAAAUCUAUCACCAGAAAAAUAAGGACUUUUGAAGCUUUUGGGAGAAAUGUGUAUAUGUAUAUAUUUACCAUGGAAAGCUGUCGUUACCAAGCU